AUGUCCCUGUCCGGGAAAGUCGCCCUCGUCACCGGCGGCGCGCGAGGCAUCGGAGCUGCCAUCGCGCUGAAGCUUGCCCGGGAAGGUGCCAGAGUCGCAUUCACCUUCGUCAAUACGUCCUCAAUAGCAAAGGCGCAUGAGGUCAUAUCCGAGAUCGAGGCCUGCGGGUCCUCCGCCACGGCUAUCCAGGCCGACGUCUCCAAGCACCAGGAAAAGGUCGUCAAGCGCGCCAUGAUGGCCUUUGGCGUCACCAAGAUUGACAUUCUCGUCAAUAAUGCCGCGGCGACGCUCACCGCGACCCUCGACGACACCAGCCCCGAGGACUACGACCGCAUCUUCAACACCAACACCCGCGCCGUCUUCUUCAUGAUGCAGGCUGCAAAGGCCCACAUCGCCCCGGGCGGGCGCAUCAUCAACAUCUCCUCCGUGGCGGCCCGCGCCGACACCCCGGGCAGCAUGGCCUACGCCGGCAGCAAGGCGGCCGUCGAGGCCUUCACGCGCGUGGCCGCCCGCGAGAUGGGCCAGGCGCACGGCGUCACGGUCAACUGCAUCAGCCCCGGGACCGUCAAAACAGAGAUGUUCGACUCGCUGCCCGACGACCAGCGCAGCGCGGACCUGGAGCGGGCGACGCUCACGCCCGCGGAGGCGCGGCUGGGCGCCGUUGAAGACAUUGCUGACGUUGUCGCCUUCGUGGCGAGCGAUGAGUCCAGGUGGAUUACGGGCACGGUCAUCCCCGUCAACGGGGGCCGACUGAUGAACUGA